UGGUUGGAAUUAGUUUAUUUACACUCGCGUGGUGGUCACAUGCUUGAAUUUUAUAAAUAAAUACAAUUUUUAAUUUUAGUUCAUUUAUUAAAAGAAAGUUUAUAAUAAAUUAAUAAUUAUAUCAUUUUAAAGUUUUGUAAUUAUCGGCUGUCCAAAAAUGAGUAUUGAAGAAACGAGUCCAGAAAACUCCUCGGAGUCUGACAACGAGCGUGAAGACUCCGAAGUUGAGAAUAGUGAUGCAGAAACGUAUGUACCAGGUUCAAAGUUCCAUGGCAACCCGGGUCUAGCAGACGUGUUUCGAAAAAUAUUAAAAACAAAUAAACCUAAAAAAAAAAAAACUCUGGUGUUGUCUCGUGCUAAAAAGCUCAAUGAAAUAAAACCCAAGGCCGAGGCUGGCGCUGAGGAUGACAAGAGCGCAGUCAAGAAGCCUGAAAGUGAGGAGAAGAAGGAAAAAAAAUCUAAAGGUGUCUCCUUGAGAAUAAAACCGUCAGUACUGAGUCGUGGACGCGAGAGAACUUUACAAAAAAUAGCAACAAAAGGUGUAGUUCAAUUAUUCAAUAUAGUGUACAAACAACAAAUGGAAAUAGAUCAAAAGUUAGAAGAAGCUGGUCCCUUGAUGCGUAAACAGGAAAAAGUACUCGAGAGUAUCGACAAAAAUACAUUUUUAGAUCAUCUUAUGGGUGGAACUAAAAGUGUUAAGGCUUAGACGACAAU